UCACCGGGCAUAUAGCUAUCUGAAUUCGAUUAGGAUAGACUGGCUGUUUAUUCGACUUAAAUUUCAGGAAUAGAAAGACGACCUUUUAUAUGAUGUAGAAAAAGAAAAUUUUCAGAGAUAUCUCAAUACUGGAAGUCACCAAACAUGGAACUGCAGAUUGCACUUCAGCUUUGCCUUCUACUCUGUCUAUUUUAUUUUGGUACAUCAAUUCGUCCACCGGUCAACUUAGUGUUAAACAAUCCAUCAAACAUGCUGUACUACAAUGGAUCUCUGUUCAUAGGAGCUAUGGACAAACUUUUAGAAAUCGAUGAAAAAAAAUUCAGUGUGAUUCAAAAUGGCUCUACUUGCGUAGAUCUUUGUGUGGACGUAAACCAUAAUAAGGUUUUAUUGUUGAACAAGCAACAACAUCAGUUGAUAACAUGUGGAACAGCGAAUGAAGGAAGAUGUGAAAUUCGUGGAAUACGAAAUCUGAACACAAUAAUAAAGAGAAGUGGUUCAGGUGGCAAUGACGAUUUUACUAUUCCAGUGUCACUCUCUUCACCAGUGCAGGCAUUUGUUGAUGAUAACAGUUUCAUUCCUUUUGCCAUGUCUGACAGAUCGGUAGCUCUUCAGACUUUGUAUACUAAUUUUACACUUAGGAGCAUUGGUAUUGGUGGUGGAACUUUUACUUUUCUAGGAAAUUACUCUGUUAAAUUCAAAGCCGCGUUUCAACAGAAUGGAUUUAAUUACUUUUUUACAAACCAGAAAAGGCACAAAAACUCAAGGGAAAUGGUCUCCAAAAUAAUCAGAGUUUGUUCUAAUGAUGCCAGCAUGCAUUCCUACAUCGAUACAAUUCUGUCAUGUUCACACAAAGGUGUUGUUUACAACAUAUUGCAAGAUGUUGCAUUAUUACAAACAGAUGUUCGAACUUUGCAUUUUGUUGCAGCUUUUACAAAACAAUUGGUGUCUGACUCUGGAAGCAUUUUAUGUACAAUAAGCUUUGAUAAAAUCAAUGAAGAAGUUAAUCAAGCUAAAAUUAAAUUUGUUGUGAACAAAACUGGCUCUGGUAUUGAUGAAUCAGAUCACUAUUUGAAGGAGGAUAUAAUAUAUAAUCUAUCAAAUGAGACAACUGUGGCAGAUAUUUUAUCAUCCGAGUUCCGAUGUGAAGAUGAACUUAUAAACACGUUUUAUGCUCAGGGUAGAAAUCCCAUUGAAUUAGAUUGUGAUGCCUCUACAAGCUUAUCUGAUGGCUGGAUCACCAAGUUACAGUCCACUGUGGUCAAUGGAAUUCCUGUUCUUGUAGCAGGAACCAGAAAUGUUGCUGGGUUUAAACCAUCAAUCAUAAAGUAUGUGCUUGAUGAUGGAAAACUUUUGAGAUAUCAUAGCUUUAAUGUGACAUUAACUGGCUACAAAGAUGAAGUGAAUGCAUUGUAUCAGAAAAAUGAAACAGACCAUUCCCUGUUUGUAAUGACUUCAAAGGGGGUGGAAAAAUUUGGAACUGAAGAAGACUGUAAUAGUUAUGAAGGAACCGAUUGCAAAACAAUUGAUUUUAGCGGAAGGAAGAACCCUCUUUGUGGAUGGUGUGUGUUUAAACAACGAGUGACCUUGAAAUCCGAAUGCAGCACUAAAAAGAAUCACUGGCUUUCCCCUCUUGGCUCAUGUCUGUCUGCAAAUCUACAUCCAAAAGCAGUCUCAAUAAACCACUCAACAUCGAAUGUUACAAUAAACAUAAGCAUCCCAUAUUUGCCAACGGAAUCAGGAUCUGAAUACAAAUGUAGCUUUGGAGACACUGAAGAAGUAAAUGCGCAACAGUUUGGAGAGAUUUUCAGUUGUCAACUUCGCAUGAAAACAGAGCAUAGUUAUGAAAUGUUGAAGUUCAAAGUGAACACUACUGUGAUUGCUGAGGAGAAAUUUCUAUUUUACGACUGUUCUAAAGUACUAAAAUGUGGCGAAUGCGUUAAUAUAUCUGGAGAAGCGAGUGAGGACUGUGUCUGGUGUCCACUCAAAGGAGAAUGCAAACAAGUUACAGAUAAUAUAAAUGAUACUUGUGAAGGUCUACAAGGGAUAAAUACGUUUGCUAGUUGCCCGCAGCUUAGCAAUAACAAGAUUUAUGUUCACACAGAUGAGGAGACACCUAUUCUUAUUGCAACAAUGAAUUUUAUGUCACUACAAAAUAACCAAUCACACGAAUAUAAAAUAGGCUAUAAUAACCUGAGUAACAUCUGUACGAGGGAAGCUGGUGAAAAUAUAAAUUGCAGCUUUAUAGUACAGUCUAAGGAACCUUACCAAAGAUUCAAUUUAUCUGUGUGGUACAAGCAUCAAGGAAGUUCGAAGUGGGUGCAGGUGGAUGAUAUUCACAACACAGAAGUUGCCGUGUACAGUUGCAGAAAAUUGGCAGAGGGCAAAUGCAACGUUUGCUUUGCACUCAAAGAUGAGUUUGCUUGCAAUUGGAAUAACACCGGUUGUGUGUAUGAUCGAGCUAGUAAUGAUGAAGCUAUAUGCCCAGAUCCUAUUAUCACAAGUAUAUAUCCAUUGGAUGGACCAAAAGGGGGUUCAACAAAACUCACCGUUUUGGGAGAAGAGCUUGGUAGUUGCAAUAAAACCUUUAUUGAAACACUUUCGGUGAAUACUACAGAAAAUGGCUGGAGAUGUCAAGUAAAUCGAAGCAUCUGUAACACAACAAUUCAUUUGAAGGAAAAGGUCAGAACUGGACUGAUCUGUAUAACUAAUUAUAACUUGCAAUAUCCAGGAGGCAACGGCAAAAUCUUUAUGUACACCAAAGACAAAACUAAAUUUGAAAAUAAUAUCACCAGCAGCACCAAUUUUAUAUCGAAGAAACCUGAUUUAUUUGAGCCUAAUAUUAAUCCAGCAUUUGGACCCGCAAUGGGAGGAACAGUGAUAACGAUGAAGGGAAGUAAUAUCUGCAUUGGUAAUAGAAGGAUAUCUGCAUACGUUGUAGAUGAUAACAAACGAAUACAUGUGAUGGAUCAAUGUCUUUGUUUAAAAGGUCUGAGUGGCACAGAUAAUCUUACUUGCACCAUGACAAAGGCCGACAAAGAGCCUGUCAUUACGAAGCAAUUAUGUCUGUUUGUUGACGAUGAACAAUUCACUUUCGAUAUUAAGUAUGAAUUCAAAAGAAAUCCAACUGUAAAAGUUAUCGAUCCAGUUAUAGGAUUUAUGAGUGGUGGAACAAUUAUAACUGUUUCUGGUGAUGACCUGAAAAAUGGACAUGACGCUUUUAUAAUUGCAAAAUUUGAUUUUGCAGAGACGAAAGAAAAAUGUGAGUUCGAUAAUAAUUCCACAACUAUUAUGCACUGUCCCGUUCCAAAGGCACCUGAAUCUGUGCUGCAAUUGUUAAACAGUACCAAUUCUGAAACAAAACGGCGAAGAAGGCGUGAAGCUUGCUCAGAGUGCUUGUCUGUGGAAAUCGUAAUCAAAAUUGAUGGAGUGGAAAAGACAUUCAGCCUAACUUAUUAUCAUGAUCCGUCCUUUUCAAAAUUUGAUGGAACCAAACUAUUUUCCUCUAAGGAUCAGUAUCUUACGAUCGAGGGCAAUGAUUUAAAUCUUGUUGCUGGCACAAGUGACUACAAAAUAACCAUUGGCAUAGAAGAUUGUAAAAUGAUAGAGGUGAACAAGAAUUACAUGACCUGUGCUGCACCACGCAACCAGCCCAAGGGAUCCCAGCCUGGUCAGCUACCGGAGGUUAAUGUAAAAGUUGGAAACAUCAAUAUGUCUUUAGGAUACAUCCAAUACCAACAAGAGCUGAACAUCAUUCUUAUCAUUGCCGGAGCAUCAGGUGGAGCAGCGGUGUUUCUUCUUGUGAUGGUGAUCUUUGUCUGCAAGUAUCGAAAGGUGGGGUCAAAAGCUAAAGCAUUGGAAAAACAACUCAACAACCUUGAACUGGAAAUCAAACAUGUGGCAAAAGAAGAGUUCCUUGACAUGCAGACGUCCAUGUCAACAGUUAAUCGUAACCUCAUUGAGCAGGGAUUCCCCUACCACUCGUAUCAACAGUACGCGUGUAAUGCCAUGUUCGCUACCGACUAUCUGAUGUCAGAUCCUGUAGUAAGUAGUUACAAGAUGUCUGAUGAACUGCGGGCUCGAGCGAGGACGGGAAUGGAACGUUUCCAAGGUCUGCUUGAGAACAAGUUCUUCCUCGUUUCCCUGAUAACGACCAUGGAGAAACAGAAAGACUUCUUUAUCAAAGAAAAAUCCAAUUUUGCUGGCAAUCUAUGCGCCAUCAUGAUGGGACGUAUGGACUACAUGCAUGAAGUGUUACAAGUUCUGAUCACCCAAUUGGUUGAGGACCCUUCUUCCAAGAGAGGCGUGAAAUCAUUGUUCAGAAGGAGUGAGAGUAUCACGGAGAAGCUUCUGAGCAACUGGCUGUCCCUCUGUUUGUACCCUCACCUAAAGGAUCACACCGGUUCACUUCUGUACCUGUUGUACAUCGCCACGAGGAAAACGAUGGAGGCUGGCCCUAUCGAUGCUUUAACCAAUGAUGCCAAGUACACACUGUCGGAAGAAAAACUGCUCCGGAAAUACCAAGGCUCGGCAACAGACGAGGAAACGACGGAUGUGAAGUUUGAGGCUAAAGCAUUGACAUUGAACGUAGUGGUCGACAAUGGAGAGGAAAUCUACCCAUGUAAAGCUCUCGACUGCGACACAGUUAACCAGGUGAAAGCAAAGUGCCUCGACCAGAUCUAUGUCAACUACCCGGCCUCGCAACUUCCCGUAGAUCCCACUGAACUUCUUCUUGAGUGGCAUGCCGGAUUCAGCGGACGUAUGAUACUUCGUGAUAAAGACAACACGUCCAAGCGUGAUGGUGAAUGGAUUCGUGUUAACACACUGGCGCACUACGCAGUGGCCGACCAAAGUAACAUGGCCCUCGUAGAUCCACGGAAUGCUGAGCUCAGUCAGCAGGAGGAUUAUGUGAACUUGGCACAGAUUGACCCUGGCUUCGAUGUCAACAGUAUGGGGUCAGACCAACCGUUGACGGCCGAGUGUUCCACUUCGCAUGACGAAGAAAACCCGAUGGAACUGAAACAGUGGCACUUGUUAAAGGAUGAUGAUGCAAACAAGAAGGAGAAAUCUGCCAUUGAUGAGCUGUACUUGAACAGGCUUAUAACAACCAAGUUGUCACUUGUGAAGUACAUUGAUGACUUGUUCAGCCUGGUAUUGGAGAGCAGCAAGUGUCCUCCGCCUGUCAAGUUCCUCUAUGAUUUCCUGGAUGAUCUUGCAGAAAAACAAAAAAUAGAUCCCGACACACUACAUGCGUGGAAAAGCCAUAGCUACUCCAUUCGCAUCUGGGCCAUGCUUAUCAAGACACCGUCAAUUCUGUUCGAUAUCAAUGCCCCGUCCUAUGUUUCGGAGAGUCUGGAUGUGAUCAGUCAAGUCUUCAUUGAGAGCUUCAGUCGCACGGAACAGGCCGUGUCAAAGGAAUCGCCAACUCAGAAGCUUAUUUUCCGAAAUGAGCUGACGAAGUUCAGAACACAUGUUCAGGAGUUCUACAAAAAUGUCAAAGAGAACGUGCAGAAACCCGAUGAUCUAGGACAAUACCUGACAAGUAUUAACAGAAACCAACAGGAAACUACUUUCAACAAGAACGCAGCACUUUACAGAUUAUACGAGCAGAUCAAGCCAUAUACAGACGAGAUUCUAGACGACCUGUCAAUCUGCCAAGAGACCAGAUGUCUGCAGUUGAACAAGAAGUUAGAUGACAUAUUCUCUAUGAUGGAAGAAUAGAAAGGGAGUUUUUCGGAAUAGGGCAGUUUUGAACAAAACAAAGAUAUUUGAUAUUAGUGAUUUCAGUUUAAAGGUGUUUGCACAAAUAGUUGGUUCAUUCAGUAAACAAGACAGCAUUCCUUUCAUGAUAAUUGUUACAUGCAUUUAUUGAAUUAUACAAACAGAACGACCUUAAAGGCUAUCAUAAUUUUAUCUUCAUGACAUUAAAGAUGUAUAUACAUAUAGUUUGUGUAAAGUGAAGUUGUUUUUAUUACCCAUAAUGUACAUUGAAACGAAGUAUUAUACAACAAUUAUGUUACACGUAAAUAUUUCUAUGUAUAUGCAUGUUGAUAUAUUCAGUAUAUUGAGUUUUGUUUUAUAUGUAAUCAGAUUAUUGACAAUAAGGAUUUAUAUAUAGAUUAUUGCAUUUAGAAAGUAUAUACAUGAACAGUUUUUUUUAUGAUAUCACGCAUAUUUAAUUAUAAAUUGUGUAAUUCACAUGUGUGUGUUUUUCAAUAGUGCUAGUAUAAAGGUAUAUUUGAUCAUCUAGCUUUAUGUAUAAGCAACGCUCAAUGUAUUCUCAAUUUUCUCUAUUUUUAUACUAUCAUUUGUGAUUGAUUUUGUAAUGAUAACUGUGUGAUAUAAAUAAUAAUAUAUAGUUUAUUGCUCAUUUAUUAUAUUAAAAAGUGCCUUUGUCAACGUCCCACAUUUAUCAUACUGUAUUGUUAUGUAUGCAAACAUUCCCUUGACAUAUAUCUCCACAAACGUGUACAUUGUAUUUAUAUUUCCUUCGAUCAUUGUGGGUUAGACUGAUUGAUAUGUUAUUAUCUAUUCAAUGUUUGGUAUUUUUUUAUUUAUUAUAAGUAAAUGAAUCGUGUGAACUGUAUCAGCUAUCUUGGUGUUUCACAAAAGUAGCUUUAUGUAUAAUUAAUUUUUAAAAAUCCGAUUCUUACAAAUCUGCUGAUAAAUUGCUGAUAAAAUAGAAAUUAUAUCUUUUUCCAAAACAUAUAUCCACAUAAAGCCUAACUUAUACUGCCUGUUUGACCUGGAUAAGGUUUUAAAUUCCUUUGAUCUCGAAUAGAUUUUGCCGAAACUUUUUUUCUGCAAUAAACAUGGACGAGUAAAUUAGUCUCAUGGUCCAUAUUCAUCAACAACCCGAGUCUGAGAUUGAGGCCCACACUCACAAUAAUACAUCAUGUUCUUGCUUGUUUCUCACGAAGAGUUGAGUAUUGAAAAUGUAGAAUUUAUAACUUACACAGCAAAUUUUCAACAAACUAUUUUGACAAUAAACUGGGUCCAUAAUGACCAAUGUAUUGAGAUUGUCUAAAGUACAUUCUAAAACUGCAUCAGAAGAGCAUUCGUUGUUCAAAGCAUUGACUAUUUUGUAAUGAACACAUUUUACAGUGCUAUAAACUUAUGAGUAAUAAUUAGAAUCUCAGAUUUAUUUUGCUUCUCAGACUCGGGUUCAAGACGUUAUUCACUAAAGGCCCAUGUAUGUGAACUUACAUUUUAUACUGUAUAUAAUGAUACUGUUUUCGAAACAUCACACCGUUCUCAUAUCUAUUGAAUAACAUCAUACAUAAAUAUAUGAUUGUGCCAAAUCAUUUUGAUAUCUCAAAUAUAUAUUGUUAGUUUAAAAACAGUUUUAAUCAAAUGUGUCAAAAUGCGUACAAUGUAACUUUGUAUUAGAAUUCCUAGCCAUUCCAGCCAGCUUGCUUGUUCCAAAAUAUAUCGCGCUACAUACCAGAGCAAAGCGGUCUACAGCUCAGAAUGAAAAAUUUGAAACACCGAUGUUAUGUUAUGUUAUUCACUUGUUGAUGUGAUGGUCUCUCUAUAAUAAAAUAUAUGUGGUAUGUUAAUUUCUCGUCAAAAUUCGGGAAAUCUUCAUUAACUUAAACGCACUAAGAAAAAGUAAUUGAAAAUAGAAAUAUUUUGAUCAUCAUUUUUAUAUCUUGUACCUCAUUCUUUCUGCCAAAGUUAUCAAUUGCUUUACACAGAUUUUAUCAGGAUGGGAUAUACGUGUACUGUUGUGAUGCGGCGUCGUUUGCUGCAUCAUUGCGGCGUCAGUGUCACACACCUGUUCCCGAUCAAUAACAUUUCUAUUGUUGUGGAGUCCUUAUGUUUUUGGUAAAUGACUUAUUUAAUUUUGGGAUCAGUCAGUCAAAGGUCAAAGACAUGGUCACCUAAUUGAUAUAUGAUGGAUACCUUCGAAUGGCGACACAUCCAAUUUGCCACAUUCUUGAUAUAUACUACUGUUGAACAAUAAAUAUAUCUGUGUUUGUAAAUUCAAAUUAUGACUAAUUUCUAAUGCUUGCCCAAAUGAUGAUGAGAUUUUAGUUAAGUUUCAUUUUUUUGUCUGAAUGAAAUCAACGUUAAUAGCUUUAUGUAAUCGUUUGCAACGAAGGUUCCAUUGAUUUGAUAAGAUGUAAUUUUCUUUUAUAUUUGUUUUGUUUUUAUGUUUUUCGCUUGACUGCAUAAAACUGAACUGUUUCUUUAUUAACCUGAAAACCAUUUUCGCCAUUUUGUAACAUCUUAACUGUAUGCAUCAUUUCGGAAUUUGCUUACAAUACAUUUUUUUUUAGCUUGAUUAUUCGAAGAAUUAGGAAGAAUAAGGAAAGCUAUUCUAUGCAAUCUAGAGUCGGUGUCUACCUCGCCUUCGGUGUCACACCUUGGUUAAGGGUAUGCAUCAUAUAUUGCAUUUUAACAUUAGAUAUGUUCUCCCUACUAUCCCAUCCACUUCAUUAAUUGAAUUAUAAGGAUUUGCGUGAAUGAACACUUACCGGUAAGUCGAUAUCAAAUACAUCAUGUAUUGCAUUGAAUCAUACAUUGACCCUCAACCAUCUUAAUUUAUUAAGAUAGAUAACUCUGGCUGGUCUUUAAUAUACAUUUUGACCCUUGAUUAUAAGAUGUGGAAAUUCUGGUAAAGGUUUUGCAUUUAAGUCUCAAUAACUGUGAUUCAUGCAUGUUUCAAUAUAACAUUUCAACCCUUUGACUUCAAUGCGGCGGAGAAGUCGAGCGCGCUGUCCCUGACAUUGUUUUUUUUAAAUAAUCGUCAGUCAAUUGUACAGACCUGGAUAAUAUAUAAUAUCAAGAAUUUCAAUUGGAUAACUAGUUUAAGUCACGUUUUGAAUCGUAUAGGCUACAAGUUAUUAGUUUCGAAAUAGGUAAUAGAACAAUUCAGAAAUAACCAUUGAAAAGCGACCACACUCGUAUUACGUUGGUUAGAUGGCACAUUAUGCUAAAUGCUUGUUGUGUUUCACUCAUGUUUGUUUUUCUAGUAAUUCAGUGUGUCCUUUUAUCAGUUUGUUUUCUUCUCGUUGAUGUCAGUUGUUUGAUUUCAAUAUAAUGUUCAAUAUAUUAAAAGUUCGAGAGAAUUCCCUCUACUUCUUAUAUUUAUCCUAAUUGAAAAUAUUUAUCAAUGUUAUUUUUGUGCUUGUCUAACGGAGUUCUUGUUAAUUCUUAGACUUAAAAGGGUAACGUUCAAAAACUGUUAAGCUAAUAAAAUGUUUUUUUCAUUGUUGUUUGUAAAAAAUAUCAUCACAUACCUCUGUACUUACAUAUUACUCUUUGCAAUAAAAGUCUAACCCAAAA